AUGACAAUAAAAAUUAGGUCAGAAGAGACAUGUACAGAAUCUAAAUUUUUUUAUCAUAACCAAGAUGUAACUUAUAAUUAUCAUUUGGAUAUGGUUGAUAAUGGUAUUAAUAUAUGGACUAGUAUACAUGGUAAAAAUGCAGGACUAUUACCAUUUGUUUUUCAAUCAUUUCAAAUUUCUUCAGAAGAGGAUGCAAUUUCAUUCUAUAAAUAUGUUAAAUUAAUUGGAACUGGUUGUUAUGUUGCAAUUUUAAUAUCUGGUAAUUUACCCUAUCAUAGUAAAAGAAUUACAAAGGCAAUGAAAUUGGUUGGUGGUGGUAGUAAAUCGAUUGAAACCCUUUCAGAUUCAAAUCCAAACUUUUGUUUAAUUGGUUAUAAAGGUCAAAAAAUUGGUUCUGCAAGACAAGCAAUUGGUGACGCCGAUAUCGAAGAAGAAGGUGGUAUUUCAGUUUGGAUGAUGACCACUAAAAAUAGAUGUCUCUUUAAAAAUAGAAUUUUAAUAAAUUUAAGAAAUAAAACACCUCUAGGAACUAUUAGUCAACUUUAUAAAAAACAUAUUAAAAAAGAAAUGACAAAUAAUAUUUAUUUAUAA